AAUGAAAGGAGCUGGAGAGUAGAAUGCGACAAAGUGUGUUAGCUAUAAUUUAAUUACGUCGAACGUAAAUUCUUGAGGCGUUUCGAAAAAACCGAUUUCUUGGACAAUUAAAAUCUUGAGUGGAUCAAGCGUUUAUGUGGCUGGGAGUUUCUUGGCGGGCCAUUCAGAUCUGUGUGUGAUUGUUGUGGGCUUACUGUAUAGCAGCAUUUGUAUGCAUUCGCGUAUCUCAUCAUGUCAUUGGCAAGCAAUAUCGAUUAUGAUUAUUUAAUGAAAUUUCUGGCUUUGGGUGAUACCGGUGUUGGUAAAACAAGUUUUUUAUAUCAAUACACUGAUGGAAAAUUUCAUUCACAAUUUAUAUCAACAGUUGGUAUUGAUUUCCGCGAGAAACGUGUGAAUUACACCUCACGUGGCCGCAACUAUCGGAUUCAUUUGCAAUUAUGGGAUACAGCCGGUCAAGAACGUUUUCGUUCUUUAACCACAGCCUUCUAUCGGGAUGCUAUGGGUUUUCUGCUAAUGUUCGAUUUAACGAAUGAAAAAUCAUUUCUCGAAAUUACUAACUGGUUGGAGCAAUUACGUAUGCAUGCUUAUUCGGACAAUCCUGAUAUUGUGUUGUGCGGUAAUAAAUGCGAUUUAGAAGCAACUCGUGUCAUUAGCAUUGAACAAGGGCAGGCGUUAGCUAAUCGUUACCAAUUGCCGUAUAUUGAAGCUAGCGCUUGUACCGGCCUAAAUGUAAAACAAGCGAUUGAGUUAUUACUAAGUCAAGUAAUGGAACGUAUGGAGAAUUCGAUGAACAAUCCUGAGCUGGCCCGUUUAAUGUUAGGCGGCAGUCAUACAUCAAUAAUUGAUCGAAAUUUACGAAUGUCUAUAAGUGCUGAGGAGGUACAAAAUAAUGAAGAUUUUACUAAAAAUCAAUGCAAUUGUUGAUUGAAACCGCAAAGAGAGAGACAGAGAGAGAGAGAGAGAGAGAGAGAGAGAGAGAGAGAGAGAGAGAGAGACUUAAGGAUAUUUUAAGUAAUUUUUUUUAUAUGCCGCAUUAAGUAUUAGAGUUGAGGAAAGGAUUUAAGUAAUUUUGUGUCGAAGGAACUCUUUUGUCAGCCACUACCACCCCAUACGGUGACGAUACUUAUGCAAAUGUACGCAAAAUAUAGAAAGACUUGGAAUAAACCCAAUUUUCAUUUUAUUUCAGCAUUUCCGACUGCACGCCCGGCUGAUGUCCAUCUACUUAUUUUAUUUAUUAUAUUUAUUUAUGCUCUUCACAAGACAACUUUUACGAACAAUAUCCAUAUAACGACUUAUUUUGAAAAAUCGUUUGUAUGAAAGUAAGUUAGGACACAUUAAUAGGACGACCCUUAAAAUUAUCCUAAAUUGCUUCGCUUAAUAUAAUUGCUCAUAUUUCCACGUAACCAAAUAUCAAAAGUCUGACAAUGUGAACGCUUAUAUGGGAGCACUUGUAAUGGUCUCAGCCAGUUUAAAUUGUUAGGCCAAAGUAAAGAUUUUUCAUAUUAAUUAACCACGAGGAACAAUCUCUAAAUCGAUGUCUUAGAGGACUUUAAAUAAUAUUUAUAUCAUGAGAAAUCAGAAAUCAUUUGAUUUUUUCAUUGUUACACCCACCACUGAAGGAUAAGGGUAUACUCAUUUUGUCGCUUUUUCACAACGCAUGCAAACUCCCAAAAGAAAGAUUCAGAGUUUCUAUAAGGUAUAUCUGUGCUUGAAAUACUGAAUUGAUUAAGUAAUGUCUGCCCGCAAUUAAUUUUUUUUUGCUUAGUAAUACCAGAGAUAUGGAUAUCAAAUAAAAGAUCUUGGAGAGUAAAAUGCG